CGGAAGGCGGUGCUGCGGCCCUAUCUUGCUGUCGCCGGAGCCAGGCCGCCAUCUUGAAUUUUAAUGAUAUUUUCUUCCGAAAAAGAAAGAAAGAAUAAAUAAAUAGAAGCGUUUCUUGCGAUAUUGUCGUGUGGGGUUUGGUGACAGAUUUGAAUGAGGGCUUUUGAGGUUGAUGACGUCUUUGCGGACAAACCUGUUUCAAACUUCAAACCCCAGUCUUCCCUGCACAAGAGUAUCUCUUCAUCUCAGAGACUAAAUGCAACUAGACCAGGGGGCUUGUGGGCAUGAAGUGGCCGGGCGAAUCCAAGAACAUGGUAUUGAAUGGCAGACGACAUGGGAACAAGUUGACUGGAGAGCAAACUGUGAGUCGCUCUCAGCAUCCACAGAGGGCGUCGCUGCGCCACGUCAAAAGCCACCCAAGAAGCCGGAGAUGUAGCCGGAGGUGUAAUGGAGCCAGUGUUGAGGCAGAGAGGCGCUACGUGCCCUCCUCAGGAAUGACUGCCAAAGAGCUGUGUGAGAAUGAUGAUUUGACCACAAGCCUAAUCCUGGACCCAUAUCUAGGCUUUCAGACUCACAAAAUGAACACCAGAUUUCGCCCACUCAAAGGGAGACAAGAGGAGCUGAAGGAGAUCAUCGAGAACUUCAAGAAACAUGACAAUUUGGAAAAGGCUUUUAAAGCUCUCAUGUCUGGCGAAUGGUGCCGAAAUUUGUUUCUUCACAAGCCCAAGGCCCAAGAAAAGCUCUUCAAGCAACAUGUGUUUGUAUAUUUGCGGAUGUUUGCCACGGACAGCGGCUUUGAGAUUCUUCCCUGUAACCGGUAUUCAUCUGAGCAGAACGGAGCGAAAAUUGUGGCCACUAAGGAAUGGAAAAGAAACGAUAAGAUAGAGUUCUUGGUCGGUUGCAUCGCGGAGCUUUCGGAGAGUGAAGAGAACAUGUUGCUGCGCCAUGGUGAGAAUGACUUUAGUGUCAUGUACUCCACACGCAAGAACUGCGCCCAGCUGUGGCUUGGGCCUGCUGCGUUCAUCAAUCACGAUUGUCGACCAAACUGCAAGUUUGUGUCGACGGGACGGGACACGGCCUGCGUAAAGGUCCUGAGAGACAUUGAGCCAGGAGAGGAAAUCUCGUGUUACUAUGGAGAUGGCUUCUUUGGAGAGAGCAAUGAAUUUUGUGAAUGCUACACCUGUGAAAGACGGGGUACCGGGGCUUUCAAAUCCAAAGCUGGGCUGCCAGUAGAAGUGCCGGUGAUCAACAGCAAAUAUGGGCUGCGGGAGACUGACAAACGGCUCAACAGGCUGAAGAAGCUUGGAGAAGGAAACCGGUGCUCCGACAGUCACUCUGUGGGGUCCCACACUGACCUAGACUCUCAGGAAAUGCCAAAAACACAUCAAGCUGCGAGAAAAAGAACACCAUCUUCAUCAUCCUCCUCAUCUGGCUUGAAGUACAAAAACAGGACACAAACCAGGCAGACUCUGUCAAGAGCCCUUUCUACCUCAUGUUCAAAGCAAGGUCGUGUAAGCAACACCAGGGUACCAAAGAGACUGAAAUCCCAAUCCAAGCCUUCACUCAGCAAAGUCCAGUUGCGAAGUCGCAGAAGAGGGGUGGAACCUCGGGCACCAGCCCGAGGAGACACGUGCCAGCUGGGUCUCAGGGACUCGAAGGGAUCGACCUGUAAAGAUGUCGCCAUUAAGAAGGAUGCACAGGAACCCGGUCAGUUAGCACUGAGUCAGCAAGGCUGCCUUACUCGUCAUGCUACCAAGGAGUGCAGCAGUCAUCCAGCUGCGCAGGGCGGCAAGAUCUCCUCCUAUAGAACUCGCAGGUCCACAAGGACCCUCGUAAAGCCCCAGGAACUAGUUACGUGCGUCAAGCUAGAGCCCAGCGCCAUGGAUGGCUUAAGCCCAGUCCCUGGCGGUGUGGUCAUCAAAACUGAGCCAGCAGACAUGGAGGAGUAUCUCCACCAUGGAGUUGGUCUGGGGCAGCCAAUGUUGGACUCUGGUUAUACCAGAAGAGGCUUGCGCACCAGCUGGAAGCGGCUGCCGCGGUCCAGGACUGAUCGGACAGUGAAAUGCGAGGGCUCAAACUGUGAGCCGUUCAUGUCCGGGGCUGUGGGCCAUUCCUCUGACUUUUCAGAUUGUGCUAAUGGACUGUCGGGCUUCAGCAACAGACACAGGGACUAUAACUGCAUUGCUAAUGGCAGUAAGUCCUUCCACGUGGACAAAGGAAAGAGCAGCUACCGCUCCCAGGAUAAGGGGAAAAAGAAGCGACGCAUCACACGAUAUGACGCUCAGUUGAUCCUGGAAAACAACACAGGAAUCCCAAAACUGACGCUCCGCCGGCGGAGAGACAGCAGCAGCAGCAAGACCAACGACCCCAACGACAUCGGCUCCUCCACCCUCUCCACAUCCACUGUCAACUCGGCCUCUUCCAGCAAAAUUAGCAUCAAGUUCAGCAAGGACCAUGACAAGGACAAAGGCAGCUCUUACGUGGCCAAACUGAACAACGGCUUCACCCCCAUUGUCCACAGCAACUCAACCAAAUUGAAAAUCCAGUUGAAGAGGGAGGACGAUGCUCGCCAAACAUCGCAGGCCGCCUACAAUGGGGACGUGGCUCAGAGCCUGGACACUCGGUUUGGUGGGUAUCGAACCCAGAAAGUUCUGGCCGAACCUUCAUCCAAUGAUGAGGAUGAUGAGGAGGGGAACGACGAUGAUUAUUUCGACAACGAAUUUGAAGAUGACUUCAUUCCACUUCCCCCAGCAAAGCGGCUACGCCUCAUUGUGGGUAAAGACUCCAUCGACAUUGACAUCUCCUCCAGGAGGAGAGAGGAUCAGUCUCUGAGGCUCAAUGCGUGAGAACCCUCUGUACAUAAGACAACCUACCAAUCAACUGUUGUGUUGAUGUAAAAAAAAAAACAAACACAAAAGUAAUUGAAAAAACUAGAACAUUAGUAAUCUGAAUAAGGGUGCUGUUGACUUAAAACAAAUUUCUAUUGUUCACCGAACUUUAAAGGUUUCAUUUUAGUUUCCAUGACAAUGUCUCUUCAUCACAUGGCAGGAAUUCUCUUGUUCUUUGUGAAGUGAAACUUGGACAUUUGUUUUAAGUUGACUUGUUCCUUGAGUGAGUGGUCUUGUUGUAUUGGACCUUGUAGAAAGUGUACAGUCCCCUCUGUCAUAGGCAGGAUCUUGUUCUGUUCUCGGUGCGACUUUUGGUUCCAGAUGCGUAAUUUUGACCAUCUCUUGCCAUGUUCUCUAUGUUGUCAUUGUUCUGUAAAAAUUCCUGUCUGAGUGACGCAUGUUUUUGGGUGGGAUUAAUCUAUAGUUAAUAUCUGAAAUGGUGGUCUUCAUCCUUUAAGCUGACAGUUUCUAGCAGUUCUACAGCAGAACUACUUGGUUCCCAGCGUACGGAUGGCCACUGCAGUCAAAAGCGACACAUAAAUCACAUGAUUUAAUUCCAAGAUUUUGAUUUUUGUUUUAAAGAAUGAGGAGGAUGUCUUUGCAUACAUUCACUUCUUAUAUUUAAAUGAGUGGCGGGGUCAGUUAAAUGAUUAGGGUUACCGUUGAAGCAACAACUGCAUGAUUCACUCAGUGGAAUUGAAUCCGUUCAUGUUUUUUUUUUUUUCUUCUUUUUUUUGGGGGGGUGUCACUGAAGGAAAUCAUGGUGAGCAUCAGGCAUCUCCUCAUAAUGACAACGUGGCCCAUAUUAAGUUUGAUGAAGAUGAUGUACAAACCAGACAGACUCAUCCAUUGAUUUAAUUUAUUGUUUCCUUAAAUCACGAUUCUUCAGCCUGUGGACUCGUGGACGGGGUCAUCUCCUGUCUGGUGUUACAUUCCUUUGGGUUGUACAUUACAGCAUCUCCUCUCCAGAUGUCUCAGAUGUUUGGAGAGGGGGAGAUGACCAGGUCUAAGUGGCUGUUCAGCAGUAAAUACCUUGAUUUUGUUUCAUUUCAACAGAAUUUAGAAGAAUUGGAAGGAAAGUGUUUGGCUAGAGCAAGCGUAGUGUGUAAUCUGACUUCCUGUCUUCAAUCUUGAAGCUGCAGAGCCGUUAACCACAUCUGCUUCUUCUGACUGAGAGGAACUUUUCUGGUGUGUGGAGAAGCUCUUUGGACUUCAGCAGGCGUUAGAGCCCACAUUCAACUGUGCUGCUUUUCCUAAAGGGACCAUCCUUCAUGAAGACCUCCCAACCAAGGCUGUUCCUUCAACACGGAACCGCUCCAGACCUCGCUCGGUUGGGCCUUCUGUACUUCUGUCUGUUGAUGGGGCGUAAGCUGAUGGGGAUCAAUUCAGGCCGUCGACCCAGACCCACACCGUUCACAUCACCAGCAGCUGUUCUCCAUCACACCCUGUGGACUCUUGUCUGUGUGCUCUCUGUUCAGAAGCUAAUGUGAAAAGAUUGGGGACAUUUCAGCGUGUAAAGAGAGUCCAGUUGGGCAAUGCAGAUAUUGUCCAGUAUGUAAAUCAUGUGAACACAUCUUGUAUCUAUUUAACAGUUUUGAAUACUUGAAGACUAUAUAAAGUUUCUUUGUGACUCUUG